AUGGCUGGUAGAGUAUACGACCCCAUUCAUGAUACUUUUCAAGAUACAACGGUAACGGACACAUCACCUCCUGUAAUAAGCCAACGACCAGUACCUAGUUCUCUGCCAGUGGAAUCUCACGACGACAUUGACACAGGAGAAUCCACUCAAAGUGAUAAUGAAGAAUCGUUACACUUAUUAAAUUUUAAACCAUCACAGAUUCAAUAUGACACCCCCGUUAGAAAGAUUAAAGACACGGGGAAGUAUAAUCGUCAUUUAAAGAAACCAGAUGGGGAAUUCUUUUCCCGUGAAGAUCUUCAAUUCACUCUACUUACCAAACUUUUCAGUGAUGAGAGACCAAUUUUCACUAACAUAUACAAGGAAUUUUAUCAUAAUGCGAUGGUACCAUUGACCAACGAUACAAAUCGUAUCCUGAAUGUCACAGACGUUGGAUAUGAUGCCCGUAAAUUUGUAUUCAAUGAUAAAUUAACAUUUUCACAAAUAUAUGCACUAACGUUGUCCACCUCCACAAAGUGUUCCAAGAUUCUACGUGAUAAACUAUUACUAGAUCCCCAAGUGGCCUUUUCCACAUGCAUCCUAUCCUUCUUAGUCAACAUUGGUAGACUAAACACGACUAUAAAUUUUUAUCUGGAAAUGACUUCACAAUUACGGACUUUCCAUAGUGUUCCCUGUUUGCAAUACGGCGUAGAGGAUCCCAAAUCAUUGCAAGAUACACCUAGAUUGAAGUCGAUCCUGAAGAAUCUACCAUUAGGGAAUCAGCCCAUCUUUCUGGCAGAUCUGUACCGUGGUGAGAAGACGAAAGAGAGGUUUAAUAUUGUCAAUUUGAUAUUUGCAUUAUGUGAUAACGUUGGAUUAAUCAAUUCUGAAUUAUUUUUAAAAUAUUUAAAUUUCCCACCGGAAGAUAAGAAUAAUGUCAAUCUUUUCAGAUUGUUGGACUAUUCCGAUUAUGAACCUUCGGAUAGAUGUAAUAUUCUUUUGUGGUUAUUUUAUAUUCAUUUAGAGACUGAUUUGACCCCUUCAGCGAUUCAAGAAUCCAUUAAACUUUUCAAUCAAGGGGAAACGGGUGAUAUUGCAUUGUUACCUUUGAGACGCGCCAAGUAUAUGUAUGAUGUGGAUCCUAGAGAUGAGUAUGAAUUUGGUAUAGAACAAAAGGUCAAGAGAGAGGAAUUUAUGAAAUUUGCUUCUGCAAGGAAGGGUAAAGAGGAGCAUCUUAAUAAAGUGACUGAAAAAAUUAAAAAUAAAGUUAUUAAACCGGAUCCUACUAAUGAGACUAAUAAUUCUACAGAUUCAGCAAUGAAUGAUAUUAAACCUAAACAAAAAAGGAAAAGAAGAAGCAAAGUAGUGGAUGAGGGAAAAAACGAUGCAGGCAUUAUUAUAAUAGGAGAUCCACAUUCGCCAGUCAAAACGGAACAACCAAAAUUGGAGGAGGACCACUUAAUGGGAGAGAAAGAGUAUAAUUUCAUUGAGGUUACUGAUUCAAGGAAGAUCGCCAAGCAGAACGUGCUGAAUCUAAAGAUUGCCAAUAUGGUGGAUGUCGAUAGAAACACCAUUGUCCUUGAUAAUGGUAGUGUUAAGAAAACUCAGGAAGAAUUGUCUCAUGAUUUAAGAGAAUCGCAUAAAUACGUCAAACUAAAAAGAGAUGAUGUUGGAUUAUUAAAGAUAUUUUAUGAGUAUGAAGACAUUCCAUUGGCGUCACUAAUGGGUGUCCGUGGUAAGAGAAGAAAGAAAUAUAAAGAUCACUUACUAGGAUACGAAACAGAUUACUUGAAGGAUUUCCAAGUCGCAAAGAAGAUAAUGGUGGAAAAACUUCAUGAUGAUAAUGAAAAUAUAGAUGUAGAUACUUCCCCCAUGUUUAGAUUGUAA